UGGUGUCUUUUCUUAGAAUUUCGUUUUUCGUUUUGUUUGUAUUGUUUGUUUUAAAAUUUUCUCGCACCUCUCUAAUAUGUACUGUAAUAUCUGAGAAGUUUGUCAAUGAUAAUAUUUUAAUAUUUCAGAGCAGGCCUACUGAACGUGAGCAUCGCACUGAAGACGUUAAACGUUCUAGCCAAAGAGUUCGAUUACUUGUCUUGGGAGGCAGCGUGGACUUAUUUGAUCAGACUGAACAGAAUGUUCGACAGAACGGACAUAUACGGCGCACUUCAGAUUUUCCUGACAGACCUUGCACGGGACCAAUAUGCCAUGCUGAACGGGGACAGUGCUACGGACAAGACCCCAAUCGACCGUCUGUACAGACGAAAGAUGACCGUAGUAAGCUGUUCUGGCCAGAAUAAGAGAUGUCUGAACGAUUCUAAACACAUCUUCACACAGUGGAUGCAACACAAUGCAAGGAUAGAUCCGAACUUGCGAGAUGUGAUUAUGUGUGAAGGAGUAAGGUAUUCUGGCUAUCGCGAAUGGAUGUACACACUUUCAGCUUAUGAAACGUCACAGGACAGAGUUGAUCAAGCUUACCUCGUGGCUGCUCUGACGUGCACAAAAGAGGCGUGGUUACUUAAACGGUGA